AUGUCCGAAGAUCGUGGACGGUCUGCCAUACUAGGCAUGUACAUUGUUACGGCAUUGUCGACAGUAGUGGUCCUGAUUCGUCUUUAUGCCCGCGGAAUUCUCAUCCGAGAACUGGGAUGGGAUGAUUAUAUUAUCGUGUUUGGGCAGCUGUUCGCCUGGGUCGACAUGGCUCUAUCGAUACAGGUCGUGAAUUACGGCGGCGGCGAGCAUCUUUUGGCUCUGAUCAGUGAUCCCGAAAAGAUGGUCAAAAUGUAUAAAUGGCUUGUUGCAGCCCAGAUGAUUUACUUUGCCGCCCUAUGGAUGUGUCGAGUAUCUGGUUUAGCAUUCUAUGCGCGCUUGAACCCCAUGCCCCGCUUCAAAUUAUACAACCGUUUGGCAUUUGCUUUCGUGACUGCUGUUUGGGUAUCCCAGACCCUUAUCAUUGCGCUUCAGUGCAUUCCACUCCAGGCUUUAUGGGAUUCAAGCAUCACUGGUAAAUGCUUGACCUCAACACAAGUCUUUCUUUCAACCUCCGUCAUGACAAUCAUCUGCGACUCUCUUAUUUUAAUAUUGCCGGUGAACAUCGUCUUGAAGCUACAAGUCAACUUUGCGCGAAAGGCUACCCUUUUAUUCGUUUUCUGUUUCGGCAUCUUUGCAAUUGUUACGUCCAUCCUCCGCAUGGUCUCGAUGAUCGUCGCCCUUGAUCACCCGUCUGAUGUCACCUGGUACUUCUCCGUCGUCAUGGCCUGGAGUACCUCGGAAAUAUCCGCUAUCAUAAUUGCCUUGUCUUUGCCUUCGUUGAGAGGCCUAUUCAGUAUUUUGCGAAUGAAGACGCGCACCACUGACCAGAGCAAAACCAAUGACACCGGUUCUAUUGGCCUCACAGCUAUUCCACAGUCCAAAAACCGGAUCUUCGACGGUUCGAGUCAUCAAAAUACCGUUGAAAUUGAUACAAAGAGGGGUUCGAGUCAAGAGGCUCUUUGUUGGGAUAAUAAUGAUCCCCAUCAUAUUCGAGUCAUGGAUUCAGUACAUGUGGAUUGUGAAUAA